ACCACACCAUUCGAUAGAGAAUUUAAUUCUGUAUCCAACACAACCAUUUAAAACACCAGCACAGGUACUCAAAUGAAUAUUAGCAAAAAUAACUCGAAUAUCGUGCCAACUUUACUUACGUUAACUAUCAAGAUAUUAUUGUUGCCAACUCGGGAGAUAAUUUUAUAAGUGUUUUCUUAGGAUAUGGUGAUGGUACAUUUGCUACGCAGAUUAAAUAUGUAACUGGUUCAAGUGCACGAUUUACAGCUAUUACGGAUUUGAAUAAUGACAAACAACUUGAUCUGAUUGUGAUAAACCUAGGUGAAGGUACUUUAGUGACAAUGUUUGGUUGUUCAAAUUUAGUCUUUCGAAAGCAAACAAAACUUUUAACUGGCAAUAAUUCUCGAUCACGAGCAUUUGUGAUCGAUGAUUUUAAUAAUGAUAAUCAUAUUGAUGUGAUUGUUGCGAAUUCAGGCACUGAUAAUAUUGGUGUUUUUCUUGGAUAUGGCAAUUUUUCUUUUACAAAUCAAAAGACAUAUUCAACUGGUCUAAAUUCGUCUCCAUAUUCCAUAGCAGCUGGUGAUUUCAAUAACGACACUCGGUUGGAUGUGGUCACCGCUAAUUUUCACUCGGAUAGUAUUGCAGUUUUCCUUGGUUAUGCUGGUGGCUCAUUUAGAAAUCGAACAACAUAUUCAACUGGUUCAUCUUCAUCUCCUUAUUCUGUUUCUGUAGGAUAUUUCAAUAAUGAUACCUACCUCGAUAUAAUUGUCGCUAAUUAUAAUAAUAAUAAAGUUGGCGUUUUUCUUGGACAUGGUGAUGGAAUAUUUGAUAUCGUUAUGCUAUAUUCAAUGCCAUAUGGAUCGCAUCCAUCUUCACUUGUUAUUACUGAUUUUAAUCGCAAUGGAAAGAUCGAUUUUGCUGUGAUAAAUAAUGGAACUGACAGUUUGAGCAUUUACUUACAAACUUGUUAA